UGUACGACCUAGCAAAGCAAACUCCCACUAUCUACCUCUGGCAGUGACGAGGUAACUUCUUGCAAAAAGUUCAAUCAAACACUCGUCUUUCACCUCUACAAUGCUUUAAACCAACACUGGAACAAUUUUGCUACAUUUCUUAAGCUUUGGAUUCAGUGUCCGAUUCCAAUAAUCUCGGCAGGAGUGGCGAAGUUAAAUGACGGAAAACCAGAAGCAUGGGCUAGAAUUCAGUAUCGACUCAUCACCUCAAAGGCCCUUGAAAAUUGGAAAGACCACGGACGAAGUUCUCAACCGCCACGAGGAGGAAGCAGAAACUAUGAACCGAAACCCUGGAAUCCAACGCUACCUUGUCGCCGUCGAGUAUAUUGGAACUCGUUUUUCUGGUUCUCAGCAGCAGCCGAACUGUCGUACGGUGGUUGGGGCGCUUGAGGUAGCGGAAGAUGACGUUCUGAAAAUGUCACUCGAGGAAGCGUUCCAGAAGUUUAUUGGUCAACCAGUCUCAGUGUUUUGUUCUAGCAGAACUGAUGCUGGAGUACAUGCCUUAUCAAAUGUUUGUCAUGUUGAUGUUGAGCGCAUAAGCAAAAGAAAGCCCGGAGAAGUGUUACCACCUCAUGAACCAGGAGUGGUUCAUAGGGCGGUGAAUCAUUUCUUACAGAAACAUGAAGGUGAUGUUACUGUAGUCGAUGUUCGAAGUGUUCCCAAUGAUUUUCAUGCUAGAUAUAAGGCUCAAGAGCGUACAUACUUUUAUCGGUUAGUUUCUGGGCCAGAAGCUCUAUCAAGCUUUGAGAAGGAUCGAGCAUGGCACGUGUCUGAGACACUAAAUAUUGGGGCAAUGCAGGAUGCAUGCAAAGUGCUUGUUGGGCAUCAUGAUUUUAGCUCCUUCAGGGCAGCUGGUUGUCAGGCAAACUCACCAAUUAGAACUCUGGAUGAACUAGACGUUUGUGAGGUGGUUUCAACGCCUUAUUUUCCAACAUCAAUGGAGCGGAAGCAAAGGCAGGGCAAAGAAGGUGAUAGUGAAGUGCCACAUUCAGAAACUUGCGAGGUUGGAUUUGGAAUCAGGAGAAGACAUCGUUGUUUUGUGGUGACAGCACGAGCACGCUCUUUUCUUUAUCAUCAGGUGAGACUGAUGGUUGGAGUUCUUAAGGCGGUUGGUACCGGGGAUCUAACAGUAGGAGAUGUAGAAAGAAUCUUGGAAGCGAAGAAUGUUAAUUCGGCAAGUCCAAUGGCUCCUGCAUGCGGACUUUACCUCGGCCAUGUCAGAUAUGAUCUACCGCCAGCUCCCCACUGAAGGAAAUCACUCCAUUCAUUUCUCUAUUCACUUCCAAUUUUAUUUAUUUAUAUGCAACUCUAUUUUGGCAUUCAAAAUCAAUGGUUGAGUUGAAGUUGAACCCGAUCUCAUUCUGUACGGGGUUUAUUCUCUUAUAUUUUUGACGAUUCAAAUCUGUCAAUUUUCUUUAGAAAGUAAGCUCCAGUUUGGUUCGUGACUUUGAGUUCA